AUGUCCAGAGAAUUUUUAAACCUUUUAUGCUGCCUAGAUUUUAAACAGCACGUCGCACAGCCAACUCACAACAGAGGACACACCCUGGACCUGGUCAUAACCUACGGCCUGUCCGCUGGUGUGUCCUCUGUUGUGGACCUGGCUGUGUCUGACCACUACUGUGUGUAUUUUAACAUCGCCAGUUUUAACCCUCAGGAGGCCCCGACGGGUGUCUUCACCACUGCCUACAAAACGGCAGUGGUGAAGCCCCUUCUGAAGAAGAGUAAUUUAGACCCCAACAUUUUAAAUAACUACCGGCCUUUUCAUCUAAAUGAAAUUCACAAGUCUGGUGAUGUGGUUCUGGGUGGGCUAUUUAAAAUCCAUUACACAUCAGUUUUCCCUGAGUGGACAUUUACCUUAGAGCCACAACAGCCCACUUGCAAAGGCUUUGACACUCUAGGGUUCAGGCAGGCCAUGACCAUGGCCUUUGCUAUUGAUGAGAUCAACAACAGCUCCAAUCUGCUUCCUAAUAUCACUCUGGGAUACAGUCUUUUUGACAACUGUGGUGCACUUGUUGUUGGAUUGAGUGGUGCAUUAUCAAUGGCCAGUGGUCGAGAGGAGCAGUUUCUGCUUCAGGAGAACUGUUCUGGGACCCCUCCAAUCCUCGGGAUUGUGGGUGAUACCCAUUCAACAAAUUCUAUUGCCAUCUCCACUGUGCUUGGUUUAUACAAAAUGCCCAUUGUGAGUUAUUUUUCAACAUGUUCCUGCCUGAGUGAUCGGCAACGGUUUCCAUCCUUCUUUAGAACAAUCCCAAGUGAUGCUUUCCAGGUGCGUGCCAUGAUUCAGAUUCUGAAACAUUUUGGCUGGACUUGGGUCGGUCUUCUGGUCAGUGAUGAUGACUAUGGACUCCAUGUUGCCCGAUCCUUUCAGUCUGACCUGGCUCAGUCUGGUGGAGGUUGUCUGGCCUACCUGGAGGUUUUGCCCUGGGACAGUGACUCAAGUGAACUCAGGAGGAUUGUACAUAUAAUAAAGACAUCAACAGCUCGUGUGGUCAUGGCGUUUGCACUUCAGUUCCACAUGAUUAAUUUAAUGGAAGAGGUGGUGAGGCAGAAUGUUACAGGCCUGCAGUGGAUGGCCAGUGAAGCUUGGACAGCAGUUGCUGUGCUGCAGACACCCCGCCUCAUGCCGUACCUGGGUGGCACCCUGGGCAUUGCCAUCCGUCGAGGAGAAAUACCAGGACUCAGGGAAUUCCUCUUGCGAAUACGUCCUGACCAAAAAGAUGUUGAGGUCUAUGGAAAUAACUUUGUGAGACAGUUUUGGGAAUACAUGUUUCAGUGUAAAUUCGAUCCGGCAGGUUGGUUUAAAGCCGGGGAAGCACUAUGCACUGGAAAGGAAAAUAUUGAAAAUGUGGAGACUGAGUUUUUAGAUCUUUCUAACCUCAGGCCUGAGUACAAUAUUUAUAAGGCUGUGUAUGCUCUGGCCUAUGCACUUGAUGACAUGCUGCACUGUGUACCAGGCAGAGGGCCUUUCUACAGGAACAGCUGCACUACUCGGCAAACAAUAGAACCAUGGCAGGUUGUACAUUAUUUGCAAAAGGUCAACUUCACCACCUCAUCUGGUGAUCAAGUGUCAUUUGAUGAGAAUGGUGAUGCCUUACCAAUAUACGAUGUCAUGAACUGGCUGUGGCUCCCUGAUGGACAAACUAAAGUUCAGAAUGUGGGUGAGGUUAAGAGGUCGGCCUUUAAAGGUGAAGAACUCACACUUGAUGAAGAAAACAUUUUCUGGAACUUUGAAUCCAGAGAGCCCCCCCGGUCAGUGUGCAGCGAGAGCUGUCCUCCAGGUACCCGCAUGGCCAGAAAGAAAGGGCAACCUGAGUGCUGCUUUGACUGCAUCCCUUGUUCUGAGGGAAAGAUCAGCAAUAAGACUGACUCCAUGGAGUGCACCAGUUGUCCAGAGGACUUCUGGUCCAGCCCCCAACGUGACCACUGUGUUCCUAAGAAAACUGAGUUCCUCUCCUACCAUGAGCCUCUGGGUAUCUGUCUGACAACUGCCUCAUUGUUGGGCACAUUUGUCUGUGCUAUUGUUCUGGUAAUCUUUACUUAUCAUCAAAGUACACCCAUGGUACGUGCCAACAAUUCAGAACUGAGUUUCCUGCUCUUGGGGUCACUGAAACUAUGUUUCCUGUGUUCAUUGCUGUUUAUUGGCCGUCCCAGACUGUGGACAUGUCAACUAAGACAUGCAGCAUUUGGGAUCAGCUUUGUGCUUUCUGUCUCAUGUAUUCUGGUAAAAACCAUGGUGGUUCUGGCUGUCUUCAAGGCCUCCAAACCAGGAGGUGGAGCCAGUCUGAAGUGGUUUGGCGCUGUGCAGCAGAGAGGAACAGUUUUAGCUCUUACCUGCAUUCAGGCAGCAAUCUGCACUGCUUGGCUUGUCUCUGCUUCACCAGCUCCUCAUAAAAACACUCAAUACCACAAUGACAAGAUAGUUUAUGAAUGUGUAGUCGGGUCCACAGCUGGUUUUGCAGUAUUACUUGGCUAUAUUGGCUUAUUAGCUAUCCUCAGCUUCCUGUUAGCAUUUCUGGCAAGGAAUCUUCCAGACAACUUCAAUGAGGCCAAACUCAUCACUUUCAGCAUGCUGAUCUUCUGUGCUGUGUGGGUGGCCUUUAUUCCUGCUUAUGUCAACUCUCCAGGCAAAUAUGCAGAUGCAGUGGAGGUAUUUGCCAUCCUGGCCUCCAGUUUUGGUCUCUUGGUGGCUCUGUUUGGACCCAAAUGUUACAUAAUCCUGCUGAGACCAGAGAGGAACACAAAGAAAGCAAUCAUGGGUCGAGGAACCACAAAGUCAUGA